UACGUCAGCGCUAAAAAUUUCCAUAUAAAAGCGAAGAGCAGCCGCACCGCGAGCUUAGUCGUUUUGGAACUUUUCACGCGUUUGCUGCCUCAGUCUUUCGUUCGUCUUUUAUUCCCCCGCUUAACAAUGAAAUACGCUGUGAUCGCCAUCGCUCUUUUCGCGAUUUCUGCCGCUGCGGCCUCUUCCGCCGGCCAGUUCCUUCCCCGCGCCUUCUUCACCCUGGACGCUGAGGGCCACCAAUCGGAUGUCCACCCAGUGAACGCCCAUCUGCUGAGGCGUCUGCGUCGCCAGACGUACAGCUCCUCCUCCUCGUCGUCCUCCUCCUCUUCCUCCAGCGGAAACGGUGGCACCAUCACCUUCGCCUCGCACUCCAUCCAGAACCCCGAUGGCUCUGGCCAGUCCGGCUCCUCUUACACCCAGCAGGCUGCUGCUCCAGCUGUUGGCGUAAGCUUCGACAGCCGUUUCGGUGAGGACUCCGCAACUGGGGGCAACUACAACAACUACAACAACUACAACACUCCGUACGCCGGCGUAAACACCGCCUCGAUCAACACCAAUCUGGGAUCGGGAAGCGUGGGCAGCUACCAGCAGAGCUACGGAGCCACUCCCAUCAGCACCGUCCACCAGAGCAUCACCUCCUUCGACGCCAACGGAAACCAGAAGACCACCACCAUCCAGGGAACCACCGACCAAACCGGACAACUCAACAUCAAGAAGACCGAGAUCAGCUACCCAAGUAAUUAGAGGAUGGAACCUCUUAGAAAUUAGUAAUUUUCAAGUGCAAUGGACUUAGCAUCAAUAAAUUAAAGUAAAUUAAACAAA